UGCAACAGCUUCCAACAAUAACAACACAGCCAACAGAUCAGGUUGCUUUCCCUUUUGAUGAUGAAUUUUCAAUCAAAUGUGAAGCUAAAGGAAACCCCCCAGCAAUCUUUAACUGGACAAAAGAUGGGAAGCCAUUUAGUCUGCUGGGUGACUCACGGAUAACUACAUUUAAUAAUUCAGGAACAUUUGUAGUUAAAAAUCGUGGUAACAUAGCCUUUUUCCAAGGAAAAUAUCGCUGCUAUGCAUCCAAUGAGUUGGGAACUUCUAUGUCAGAGGAAAUUGAGCUAAUAGUUCCAGGUAUUCCUAAAUUUCCUAAGGAGAAAAUUGACCCCAUUGAUGUAGAACAUGGUGAUGCAAUGGUUUUGCGCUGCAAUCCUCCCAAAGGCAUCCCACCACUGCACAUUUAUUGGAUGAAUAUUGAUUUGCAGCAUAUCCCACAAGAUGAAAGGGUCUCCAUGGGCCUUAAUGGGGAUCUUUACUUUGCAAAUGUGGAUGAAAAUGACAGUCGUAGUGAUUAUUGCUGCUUUGCUGCAUUUCCAAAAUUAAGAACGAUUGUGCAGAAAAUGUCAAUGACAUUGACAGUUACACGUUUAAAAUAUACUAAUGAUUCCAGUUCAUCUAAUGCGGCUAAGGCAAAUUUAAUCAAAGAAAGAAAACCCAAGCUACUUAUCCCUGAAUCUUCUGGUGCCAGUUCGGAAGUGACAUUUAUGAAAGGAAUGGAUCUUUUUCUGGAAUGCAUUGCUGAAGGACUUCCAACACCCCAUUUAACAUGGAGAAGGAUUAACAAAACCAGCAUUUUCAGAGGAGUCGCUGAGAAUUUUGGAAAAGUUUUGAAGAUAGAACAAGUUACUAAAGAUGAUGAAGGAACCUAUGAAUGUGUAGCCUCAAAUGAUUUAGGAGAAACAAAGCAUGAGUUCAAAGUUCGUGUUGAAGAGCCGCCCACCUGGGUAAACAAACCAAAAAGUGGAGUUUUCAGUGUUGGUGGAAGUUUUGUACUGUUGUGUGAAGCUAUUGGCUUUCCUGAGCCAACUAUAAAAUGGAAAAAGAACGGCAUUCCUCUUGAAGAUAACGAAAUAAAAUCCAGCAGAGCUGCUUUUUCAACAAGGGAGAUCAGCAUCAUUGACUUGGAGCUGAGUGACACUGCAGUGUACCAGUGUGAGGCUACCAACAAGCAUGGCACUAUCCUGGCCACAGCAAAUAUUGAUGUUCUCAAUAUUCCCCCAGAAAUAUUAACUCCAGAUGGUGAAGAAUAUGUGGCAGUAAUGGGUUAUUCAAGUCACUUGUACUGUCAGUUUUUUGCAAUACCCACACCAGAUAUUUCUUGGACUAAAGAUGACAGCAUGCAACUUCUUGAGGUGGAUCAAAAUGGAACCCUGGAGAUUAGAGAAACACGGAAGGAAGAUGCUGGAUUUUAUACCUGCCUGGUGAAAAAUUCUGUUGGGAAGCGUGCCAUCACUGCUACUCUCACUGUCAGAGGUGAUAUAAAUAUGAACAUAAACAAUAGUUAAAGAUUCAGUUAAUUUUAAUUGCAUGCUAUAAAACAUUUACACUUAGCUGCAAGGGCAGGAAUAAGAAUGGGUUUUUGCCAUUUACACAUCUGAUGUAACA